AUGGCAUCAAAUGAACAGAUGAUAUUGUAUGACAGAAGUGGUGGUUCAACAAGUGGUGUAAUGGAAUUGAAUGUUAUGGAUGGGUUAGCUCCAGACAGGCUACUAUCGAAGAUGGAAGAGGUUAUCGCCACUGAGAUAAAGAAGGGAAUGGCAGCUCUAAAUAUACAACCACAAGUGGCCCCCGUCAAACUACUAAAGCAGACUAGUUGUAACCUUUGUGGAGGAGCACAUAAAACUGGAGUCUGUGAAGCAUUGGAUGAUAAUGAGGUAGAAGAACUAGAACGGGUGAAUUUUGUGAGUAAUAACAACAGGCAGAAUAAUCCAUACUCUAUGACCACGAGGAGUGGCAAGGUGAGGGAACAAGUACCACCUGAAGCCAAACAGAGUAGAAGUACCUUGACUCCAACUCACCGGGAGGAAAUGGUCACACCAAUAUCGGUUGAAGAGCGCAUCGCUAUUGAAAAGGAGGAAGAACCCGUGAUUAACAUCCCUUUUGCAGAAGCACUAGAGCAGAUGCCGACAUAUGCUAAGUUCAUGAAGGAGAUUCUAUCAAAGAAAAGAAAAAUCAGCGGUGAAACAAUGAUGCUAACCGAAGAAUGUAGUGCUAUACUACAGAGAAAACUUCCGCCGAAGCUCAAGGACCCUGGAAGCUUUUCAAUCCCGUGCGCUAUUGGAAAUAGAAUCAUAUACCCAAUUUCAGAUAGCUCCUGGGUGAGUCCCGUCCAAGUGGUACCAAAAAAGGGCGGAACGACUGUCAUCACAAAUGAAAAGAACGAGUUAAUUCCUACUCGGACGGUUACAUGCUGGAGAGUGUGUAUUGAUUACAGGAGAUUGAACAGUGCCACGAGGAAGGAUCAUUUCCCGCUCCCUUUCAUUGAUCAGAUGCUUGAGCGGUUAGCCGGACAUGAGUAUUACUGCUUCCUAGACGGCUAUUCAGGAUACAAUCAGAUAACUGUAGCACCCGAGGAUCAAGAGAAAACUGCAUUCACAUGUCCGUAUGGGGUAUUUGCUUAUCGAAGAAUGCCAUUUGGACUGUGUAAUGCGUCAGCCACAUUUCAAAGGUGCAUGAUGUCCAUAUUUUCUGAUAUGAUUGAGAAACACAUCGAGGUAUUCAUGGAUGACUUUUCUGUAUUUGGCUCAUCCUUUGAUAAUUGUUUAAUUAAUCUAUCUCUUGUAUUAGAAAGGUGUGAAAAAUCUAACUUGGUCCUAAAUUGGGAGAAAUGUCAUUUUAUGGUAAGGGAGGGAAUUGUUUUAGGCCACCGAAUCUCCCACAAGGGGAUCGAGGUAGACAAGGCCAAAGUUGAAGUGAUUGAAAAACUUCCCCUACCAAAGAAAGGCAUUAGAAGCUUUUUAGGCCAUGCUGGAUUUUAUAGAAGGUUUAUAAAAGAUUUUUCAAAAAUUGCAAAACCACUUACAAACUUACUUGCGAAAGACACACCUUUCAAAUUCAAUGAAGAUUGUUUGCAUGCUUUUAACAAUUUGAAAAACCAGCUGAUAACUGCCCCCAUCAUCACUGCACCUGACUGGUCACUACCUUUUGAAAUCAUGUGUGAUGCAAGUGACAGUGCUAUUGGGGCAGUUCUGGGACAAAGAAAAGACAAGAUGUUGCAUGUGAUCUACUAUGCUAGUCAUGUUUUAAAUCAGGCACAACACAAUUAUGCUACAACUGAAAAAGAAUUAUUAGCUGUAGUCUAUGCUUUUGAUAAAUUUCGGUCAUAUUUAUUAGGAUCGAAAGUUAUUGUUUACACUGAUCAUGCUGCCUUGAGGUAUUUGUUUACUAAGCAGGAAUCAAAACCACGGUUGCUUAGAUGGAUCCUAUUACUACAAGAAUUUGACAUUGAGAUCCGGGAUAAAAAGGGGUCAGAGAACACUGUGGCUGACCACCUAUCUCGAUUGGAGAAGGUUGAGGAGAAUGAGGACAUUAGACCGAUUCGAGAUCAAUUUGCUGAUGAGCACAUCUUUGCCAUUACCACGGUACCUUGGUUUGCCGACUUUGCUAAUUUCAAGGUGGGGGGUACAAUCCCAUCUGAGUUCACUUACCAACAACGGAAGAAGUUUAUCCACGAUGCCAAAUUCUAUGUAUGGGAUGAACCCUUUCUGUACAAAAGAGGAGUGGAUGGGCUGUUGCGAAGAUGUGUGCCCGAGGAGGAAACUAGUGGGCAAGUCGAAGUCUCCAACAGGCAGCUUAAACGAAUCCUAGAAAAGACAGUAACUGCCUCACGAAAAGAUUGGUCAACGAAACUUGAUGAUGCACUUUGGGCCUACCGAACAGCUUUUAAGACCUCCCUGGGUAUGUCACCGUAUCAAAUUGUGUAUGGUAAAGCUUGUCAUCUACCUCUCGAACUUGAACAUCGAGCAUUUUGGGCGACGAAGUACUUGAACUUUGACUUGGGCAAGGCGGGAGAGGCGAGAAUUCUUCAACUUAACGAGUUAGAGGAAUUCCGGAAUUUUGCUUAUGAGAAUGCGAAAAUAUAUAAAGAAAAAACCAAGAAAUGGCAUGACAAAAAAAUCAAAUUCAAGGAAUUCCAAGAAGGAGAAUUAGUUCUCCUAUUCAACUCAAGAUUGAAGUUGUUUCCCGGAAAACUAAAGUCAAAAUGGUCGGGCCCUUUCAAGGUAACCAAGGUAUUUCCACACGGUGCCGUCGAAUUGAAAGAUAUACACUCCGAUUGGAACUUCAAGGUCAAUGGACAAAGACUCAAAUCGUAUUUCGGGGAAGAGUCAAAACUUUCGAUGAAGCCCAUCCACCUGGUUGCCAUUUGA